UCGCUGUCAAUCUCGGCAGCCGCAAACCAGAGUCCUUGCCGCGCCAGACAAAUCAAAAAUUUUCGGAAGCUGCGCGCAUCCUGUACGUACUCGUGCUCUGACUGCGUCGCCCAGGAAUCUACCAUCCAAAAUAAAAGCCAAGUUUCUGUGUCAAGGUGCAACAUUUGAAAUUGAAAUGUCCGACGGCCAGGAAAACGUCCCCGAAGGCUGGGAGAAGCGCACGAGCCGGUCCACAGGAAUGACCUACUACUUGAACGUGUACACCAAAGAGUCGCAGUGGGACCCGCCGACGAAGCCCGCCAGCCCGGGGGACACCACGUCGGAGGUUCAGUGCGCCCACCUGCUGGUCAAACAUCGCGACUCGCGGCGACCGGGCUCGUGGCGCGAGGAAAACAUCACCCGCAGCAAGUCCGAGGCGCUGCUGAUCCUGGAGGGGUACCGCAAGCAGAUCGUCCGGGGGGAGGCCACCCUGCCGGAGCUGGCCCAAAAGUACUCGGACUGCAGCUCGGCCAAGCGGGGUGGCGAUUUGGGGAUGUUCAAGCGCGGGAUGAUGCAGAAACCGUUCGAGGAUGCGGCCUUCGCGCUCAAGGUGGGGGACAUGUCCGACGUGGUGGACACCGAUUCCGGGGUGCAUUUGAUCUUGAGACUUAAGUAAGGCUGAGGAGGGAGCUGUGUGAGAUUAUCGUGGAAAAAUAAACAUUUAAUCUUUAGGCAGGUUCAGCUUCAACGCUUUUAGUAAACUCUAUCUUGGUGUAUGUGUGAAUAAAGAAAGUUACGAAACUAAACGGGAAA